CUUUGAAAAUUGAAAAUGGAGGUUAUGAUUGGAGGCACCGUCAGUGAUUAGAUGAUAUCCAUUUACCUAUUUUUCUCCAUUUGCUUUUUCGGUUCUCCUCCAUCAUCCCAUUUCCAUGGAGUUGUCAUCGGUGUUGGGGAACGGCUUUCAACCCGUAUUUCGCUUCCAUUCAACCAUCAAUAACUCCGGCCAAAUUGCGGCCACCGCGCCGCUGUUGCCUAAGCAGCUGGGGAGAAUUACCACUCCAAGUUGUUCUAACGCUACCCCAAUGCAUACCGAAGUUCGGAGCAAAUCAAAUUACGCAUCCAAAACGGUAUCCAAGAGUCUCGUGGCUUCGCAGAAAACAAGAGAAUCUGCAAUUCACGAUAUUCAGCAUUCUUCUAAUUUGGAAUCUGCCCUCUCAAGAUCAGGAGAAGUGUUGAAAGUGCAAGAUCUGAAUAUCAUAUUGCGUUAUUUUGGGAAGCUUAACAGAUGGAAGGAUGUCUGUCAGCUUUUUGAUUGGAUGCAGCAUCAUGGAAAAACUAAUAUUGCUUCCUACAGCAGUUAUAUAAAGUUUGUAGGGAGGGAUUCUAAUUCUGGGAAGGCCUUGGAGAUAUAUAAUAGCAUCAAAGAUGACUCCACAAGGAGCAAUGUAUCUGUUUGUAAUUCCACAUUAUGUUGUCUAAUUAAAAGUGGCAAGUUCAACAGCAGCCUCAAGCUAUUUAAUCAAAUGAAGCAUGCUGGUCUGGUACCUGAUAUUAUAACUUAUAGUACGCUACUUUUGGGCUGUGCCAAGGUCAAAGGUGGUUACUUUAAGGCAAUGGAGCUGGUCGCUGAAAUGAAGUCCAGGGGGUUGAGUAUGGAUGAUGUACUGUACGGAACACUUAUAUCAGUUUGUGCUUCUAAUAAUCAAUGCGAGGAAGCGGAAAAAUACUUUGACGAGAUGAAGUCUGAAGGCCAUUCACCUAAUGUCUUUCACUACAGCUCUUUGUUAAAUGCAUAUGCUAUUGAUGGGAAUUACAGGAAGGCAGAUAAAAUGAUUCAAGACAUGAGAUCUGCAGGGUUAACUUUAAACAAGGUUAUUCUAACAACUCUGCUAAAAGUAUAUGUUAGAGCAGGGCUAUUUGAGAAAUCAAGAGAACUGCUGGAUGAACUGCAAGCUUUAGGCUAUGCUGAAGAUGAGAUGCCAUACUGUUUACUGAUGGAUGGCCUUGCUAAGUCUGGGAAACUUGAAGAGGCUAAAUCAGUUUUUGAUGAAAUGAGGCGAAAGGAUGUAAAAAAUGAUGGUUACUCCUACAGCAUUAUGAUUUCAGCCCUUUGCCGUAGCAAACUUGUUGAUGAAGCAAAGCAGUUGGCUAGUGAAUUCGAGAUGAAGUAUGACAAGUAUGAUGUGGUUAUUUUGAAUUCAAUGCUAUGCGCCUAUUGUAGAUCAGGUGAUAUGGAGAACGUAAUGAAGAUGAUGAAGAAAAUGGACGAGUUGGAAAUUAGUCCUGAUUGGAGCACCUUUAAAAUUUUAAUAAAAUAUUUCUGCAAGGAGCAGCUGUAUUUACUUGCCUAUCGUACUAUGGAGGAUAUGCACAGGAAAGGUCACCAGCCUCUGGAGGAUCUUUGUGUCUCUUUGAUGAAAUCUCUUGGUUCAACGGGUGCAUAUUCAGAAGCAUUUUCAGUAUACAGUAUGCUGAAUUAUAGCAAGAGAACGAUGAAUAAGGCCCUUCAUGGAAAAGUUUUACACAUUUUACUUUCAGGUGGACUUCUUAAAGAUGCAUAUGUAGUGGUCAAGGAUAAUGCAGAGUUAAUCCCUAAGCCAGCCAUUAAGAAGUUUGCAAUCUCCUUUAUGAGGAACGGCAACAUAAACUUAGUAAAUGAUGUGAUCAAGUCUAUUCACAAUUCAAACUACAAGAUUGAUCAGGAUAUAUUUCACUUGGCCAUUUUCCGUUACAUUGAGCAACCUGAAAAGAAAGACCUGCUUCUACAUUUGCUAAAGUGGAUGCCUAGUCAAGGUUAUGCUGUUAAUUCAGCUACAAGUGAUUUGAUACUCAAGCAUUCACACUUGUUUGGGGACCAUUCAAUUGCUGAAUUAUUGUAUAAGCAUCAUACAGUGUUGAAGACAAAUAAAUCACAUGAGAGGAGCAAAGGAUAAUUAUGAGUUCGAAGCGUUUUAGCUGCAUAUUGUUGAGCUGUCACAAUAUAUACUAAUAGUUCCUUACUGGAAAUGAUGCAAAGUUUUCACCUGGUGAAUGCGGCGGAUAUAUGUAUAAUGGUAUGAAAAGUAGUGGCCCCAACCUCAGUGAAUUUGCUUGCAGUUGGAAGUCUGACCUUUUCUUGAGUUCUCGUCAUGCCAAAAAUGGCUGGGUCUCUGAUGUAGCUUGUUUUCUCGCUGAAUCUGCAUGAGGUACAAUUUUCUUGUUCCUGAAGAAGUUUAAGAAAUGCUACUAGAAAAGUUGAACUAUAUGGCAUGAUUCAAGUAGGAUAACACUAGUAAUGGCUUGAAACAACUUACCAGUUUUGUAUUCCUGACUGCUGUAACUUCUUGAUACGGUUUAAAAUUACUACUCUUGCGAUGUUAAAUUUUAAGAAAUGGUGCUGGUCAUAUUAGAAAUUUGAUUUGCUAUUGUAAACAAUUCACUGCAUAAGAUUUUUAAUGGAUGUAUCCUCUCACUUGUUAGCAAGUUAGAUUGUUUAAUGUUUA